AUGGAUUCACCAACCGCAUGGAAUACUAAUGAUGAACGUAAUCUUAUAAGACUAAUGUCAGACAGGCUUAUAGUGAAUUAUACAGGUCUAGGUGGAGUAGAAAAUUGUGCUGCAAUUCGAACAAAUUAUCCUAUUCCUGAGCAAUGUGGAUUAUUUUAUUUUGAAGUUGAUAUUAUAGAUAGAGGGGAAAAUGGGGUGGUUGGAAUCGGGUUUUGCACACAAUCAGCUAACCUAAAUAAAUUGCCCGGCUGGGAAGAUAGUUCGUGGGGUUAUUAUGGUGAUGAUGGAAAAAAGUUUUUUAACGAUGCUAUUGGCGAAUCAUAUGGACCUAAAUUUAUGAAUGGUGAUUCUAUAGGAUGUUGUUUAAACUUUAGAAACAAUCCGGUAUUUUAUACCAGAAACGGAGUGAAUAUAGGUAUUGUAUUCCGAGGUUUCAAAAAGGCUUUGUAUCCUUGUAUUGGAAUGAUGUCGCCAGGUGGAUCUAUAAGAGCAAAAUUUGGCUAUAGAAAGUUCAAAUACACAGAAGAAUAUGAGCAAGCACUUGCAGUUUUGAUAAAGUUACUAGAAAUUGAGGCACAUAAUACAUUUACAUUAAGAUAUUGA